AGACACGUUAAAGUAAUGACGACUUUCGGUUAGUCACGGCUGCGACAGUAUCACAAAGAGACUGAAAAUUAUGAUAAUCGUUCGUUAGAGGUCAACGAUGCCGAAGCGUAUCAUGCUCUAAUAAACAUCCAAACCGGAUACCCGAAUAUACAAGAAACUCCUGCAGAAAUCACCGAGGACUUUGUCCGAUUGGCCCGUAAGAAGAAGCAUAAAGAGUUGAUUUGCACGUACUUGCAUUGUAGCUUGAGACACAUGGAACUUAACGAGUGUUAUUUCGAAUCGUUCGUUGACACAGUAGACGCUGUUCAUGAAGUUGCAAAAUUUUGGGAGUUCGUCCAAAGUAUGUUGGGCUCAUUAUACCAAUUCGGAGCUCUGAAGUCAAAAGCCCUGAUGUCGUUUUAUUUGUACAUCAAAUUAAUGAAUUCGUAUACUUAUUCUGUUGGCUGGGACCAGAGUUCUCUGCAGGCAACCCUAAACAAGGCAAUGGAAUUACACAAAAAGGUUCACCAACAAUUAAGAGAAGAGUUUGUCCGUUGCCCUAAUUACGAUCAGUUUAACAUAGAUAGUGUUGCGUCGGAAUUCUACAAUAAACUAGAAUUUGGGAACGAACUAAGUCAAUCGAUGUAUAUUCAAGAAAUACGGCUUUGUAUCGCUAAAAAUAUGUUUGAUGUUAAGAAGGUGAUGUACAAAAACGAGAAUGGCAGGAAAAGCAACAGAUUUGGAAUUUUUCAUAGAAUGUCGUUCCAGUGUCUCUUUUUAAAUGAAUUUGGGCGGAGAUUUGAUAUUUACUAUUUAGGAUGGGCGGUUGACGUUCAGUUCAACUGGGAAGCCAUAGGCGAUACAAUUUUAUCAAGGUUGACAGAAGCUAAACGUUUGCACUUGAAGAAAGACAGUUUGGAAUUACUAAUAAAUUAUCAGAUUACUUGCAUCGAUUACUUGAAAAUCUUUAUUUUACGGUUUACUUUAAUACACCUAGAGUACCUGAAAAUGUUCGGUUGGUUGCUGGCACAAACUGACAGGUCCAUCAUUACAGGAACGGACGGAAAUGACUACGUCGAAGAAUGGUAUUUUAUAUUGACCGAUUUCAUAAAAUUGCUGUACUUGAAACACGACGAUUUUUUCAAUAAUUUGUUGUGGAGUCUUGAGGAGAACUCAUUGUACGUGUACUACAGCGAAGGGAACGAAACGAUAAGGAGCCAUGUGCAAUUGGAACUCGAAAAUAUUUUGUCGACCACAUUCAAUGUGUCUGUCUGUGAACCGAUUGUGUUGAACGUCAAGUCGAAAGAUGUGUCUACCCUGAAACAGGAAAUAGAGGAAAACAGUAUCGGUAAAGCACGAGCAUUCGUGAAUCACAUAAAAGGCUAUUUCGACAUAGAUUUUCGUAUUAUCCAAACGAUUAUCGGACUGAAAAAUAACAGUGAUUUUUAA